AUGGCCGAGAGUAAGAGAGACAUCAUGUGGCUAGUGUCCAUCGGCAGACUCGCACAGGACGAGACAAUUGACCACCUGUUGUUGGAGUGUCCUCGGGCCAGAGAUGUGUGGGCCAGGAUAAAAGACAUUGGGCUGGAUGUGGAGGUCAACCGGAAUACAGUGAUGUUUGGAAUCUUUGAUGAGUCCAUGCCCCAACAAAAGAAAGAUCUAUAUUGUAAUUUAAAAAGCAAGGGCGGGAAAGGACUCGGAAAAGGAGGCGCCAAGCGUCACCGUAAGGUUCUCCGCGACAACAUCCAGGGUAUCACCAAGCCCGCGAUCCGCCGUCUGGCUCGCCGUGGUGGAGUCAAGCGCAUUUCCGGUCUCAUCUACGAGGAGACUCGCGGAGUGCUCAAGGUGUUUUUGGAGAACGUGAUCCGUGACGCGGUCACCUACACCGAGCACACCAAGAGGAAGACCGUGACCGCCAUGGACGUGGUCUACGCUCUCAAGAGGCAGGGCCGCACUCUCUACGGCUUCGGCGGUUAA